AUGUUUUACAAGGUAAUGUGGUUAAAAAUUGGCAAACCACAUAAUCCAGAAGUACUCACGUAUAAAGAUACUAUUUAUUUACCAUCAAAAAUUAUCCUUGAUAUUCGACGUAUGACUUCGAUAUCAAAUGGCAAUUUAACCGAUUUUUAUAUUAUUGUACUAACACUUAUUCGUGCACAUGUUGAUGAUGAAGGACGUUAUUUAUGUAUUAAACAAAAACAAGUGUUUGCCGUUUAUGAAUUACAGAUUAUAGUUCCACCAGAAUUUAUUGAUGAUGGUCAAUCGAAUCAACGAAUUGUUCAUGAAGGUGCAUCAUUAUUGUUAACAUGUCAUGUACAUGGUCGACCAAAACCAAACGUUACAUGGUAUUAUCAAAGUUUUGAUGGACAAUUUCAAUUUUUGCAAGAUGGUAAUUGUGUCGAAGAAUCCUGUGCAUUAAAUCUUUACAAUUUUACUAGACACGAUCCAUAUAUUAUUGAAUGUGUAGCCGAUAAUGGAAAAUCUUCUAGAAUAUCGAAAAGAUACAAUAUUGAUGUACAUUAUCCUCCAACUUUGACAACAAUCAUUCGAACAUUUGGUCGUUCUACAUCAAUCGAUGUCCUUUUGCAGUGUACAAGCGAAGCAAAUCCACCAGGUUCAGUUUAUUGGUUAUAUAGUGAUGGUGAAGUGAUUGAGUCUGAACACCAUGUUUAUACAAUUAAAAAUGAACAUCGAUGGCCAAAUAGUUCAUCGAUAUUAUCUUUUACCGUUGUAGGUUAUUAG